UCCGGGCCCCCCGAGGCUGAAAGGGGCGCUGACUUCUCCAGCUGCACUUGGGCAGCAGGACCAUCAAAGCCAAUUCAGUAAGCCUUGUUUUCCCCCCAGACCAAGAUUCGUUAUUCCCAAACCUUGGCAGGAUGAAAAAGGAGGAGGCCAUGAGGAAGAGGAAGAUGGCCCGGGAGCCCCAGGCAGAGCAGGAGCUGAGGAUGGAGAGCAGGGAGGACAAAUCCCCACAGCAGAACCUCGUGGAAGAGGCCAUUUUGUGCAGCUCCACAGCACAGGAAUCCAAUGGGGAAGAAAAGCCCCGGAGAUCCCGCAUGAGGAGGGGCUGCAAACGCAGAUCACCGGGAUCUGAGGAGGAAAGACCCACCCUGGGCCUGGGAGGCGACCGGAGCUCGGAGCUGGGGGUCCAUGAGCAGGUUCAGGAUGGGGAGAAGCCCCACAAGUGCUCAGAAUGUGGGAAGAGCUUUAGUAAGAGAUCCUCCCUGAUCAUCCACUGCAGAAUCCACACUGGGGAACGGCCCUAUGAGUGUAGGCAGUGUGGGAAGAGCUUCAAGAGGAACUCUGAACUGAGCAGACACCAGAGGAUCCAUACGGGAGAACGGCCCCAUGAGUGUCCCCAGUGUGGGAAGAGCUUCUGCAAGCGUCCUGACCUUAUCAAACACCAGAGGAGCCACAUGGGUGAAGGUCCCUACGAGUGUGAUAAAUGCAGGAAGAUGUUUUACACCAAGUCCAAUCUCAUCAAGCACCAGCGGCUUCAGGAACAACUCCAGCCUCAUCACUGCCUGCGCAUCCACACCGGGGAGAGGCCCUACGAGUGUCCUGAGUGUGGAAAGAGCUUCACCCAGAACUCCACCCUGACUGCCUACCUGAGGACCCACACAGGGGAACGGUCCUACGAGUGUGCAGAGUGUGGGAAGAGCUUCAGGACGAGCUCUGAACUGACCAUCCACCAGAGAAACCACACUGGGGAACGGCCUUUUGAGUGUGGGGAAUGUGGGAACAGCUACCAGAGGAGGUGCCACCUGGCCCGCCACAUGGAAGUCCACACAGGGCUGGAACAGCCCUACAAAUUUUUGAACCUCCUCCCUUUUGACUUGGUGAAGUUUUGGGUGCAUCCCACCCUCCAACCCUCUCCAUACCCCUAA